UCUGUGCGCUCUUCGCUCCAGCAUCAAUCAGCCACAGCACAGAUCCACAGCGACACAGAGGAAUACGUCCUGAACGAGGCAUUUCUGAGGAAAACAGGAAUUUACUUUUCGGUUUGUCGUGGAAAUCUGUACCCAGACAACGAGUAUGAUCUAGUCCUGGAUGAACAAGUGACUUCUACAGAUAGAUGCAAAGAAAACGACCAAGGUUGGCUCUGAAUCUUCCUUUUGAAAACUCUACUCCCCCAUGGAGCUGUGCAGCCACCUCCAUUUAGGUCAGUCGCGGAGCCAUCAGCCAGGGUGUUGGACCCAUCGAGUGAGUGAGACAAAGGAGGAGCAGAUAUUGUGAUAGCCCUCCUGCUUCCUCCAGCUCCCUCCAUCCAGCGUGGAGCUGCCUGCCUGCCCCUCUCAGCCUGAACCCUGAUUCUGUGUGCUGUUGUGGACCCCUACUCUCUCUCCCUCUCCCUGUUCCUGUCACCUGUGUCACCUGGUCCCCACGCUCUGCUCCAGGAUGGCUGGCCUGUCCCUCCUCCUGGCUCUGGUCCUGUUGACCCUCAAAGCUGACGCUGCCGGUCAGAACCCAGACCAUGUCCUGCAGGGCACCGGGGUGAAACCUGAGCCCCGUCGCCCUGGAGAUGGCUCCACCAUCGCCCCUGAAGACGCUGCCCGCUUUCUCACCUGCUACUGCUCGGGACACUGCCCUGACGACGCGUCCAACAGCACCUGCAUGACAAAUGGAGCAUGUUUUGCCAUCAUUGAAGAGGACGAGCACGGAGACGCCAUCAUCACCUCCGGGUGCAUGAAGUAUGAAGGCUCCCAUUUCCAGUGCAAGGAUUCGCGCUAUGCUAAACCCAGGAGGACAAUUGAAUGCUGCAACACGGACUUCUGUAAUAGAGACCUGCUGCCCACUCUGCCCCCGCUGCCCCCGUCAGAAGGGAGUCCUCACUGGCUGGCGUUCCUCAUCUCUAUGACCAUCUGCUGCUGCACUCUCAUCUGUAUCACUGUGGUCUGCUACUACAGGUACAAGUGGCAGAGUGAGCGUCAGCGCUACCACAAAGACCUGGAGCAGGAAGUGUUUAUCCCUGCAGGAGAGUCUCUCAAGGACCUCAUCUACCAGUCCCAGAGCUCGGGCUCAGGCUCAGGGCUCCCUCUGCUGGUGCAGAGAACCAUCGCCAAGCAGAUUCAGAUGGUGCGUCAGAUCGGAAAGGGUCGCUAUGGCGAGGUGUGGCUCGGCCGAUGGAGAGGAGAGAAAGUGGCCGUCAAAGUGUUCUUCACCCGAGAGGAGACCAGCUGGUUCAGAGAGACAGAGAUCUACCAGACUGUGCUCAUGAGACACGACAAUAUCCUGGGUUUCAUCGCAGCGGACAUCAAGAGUUCUGGCGCCUACAUGCAGCUCCUCCUCAUCACAGACUUCCACGAGAACGGCUCCCUGUACGACUACCUGAAGCAGAGCACGCUGGACACAGCCUCACUGCUUCGACUGGCCUACUCGGCGGCCUGCGGGCUGUGCCACCUCCACACCGAGAUCUACGGCACCCAGGGCAAACCCGCAAUCGCCCACCGGGACCUCAAGAGCAAGAACAUCCUGGUCAAGAAGAACGGCACCUGCUGCAUCGCCGACCUGGGGCUGGCCGUCAAGUUCAAUAGUGAUACAAAUGACGUGGACAUCCCGCUGAGUAACCGUGUGGGCACUCGGCGGUACAUGGCUCCGGAGGUCCUGGAUGAGACCCUGAACAAGAACCACUUCCAGGCCUACAUCAUGGCCGACAUGUACAGCUACGGCCUGGUCGUGUGGGAGAUGGCUCGCCGCUGUGUCACUGGAGGUAUCGCAGAGGACUAUCAGCUGCCCUACUAUGACAUGGUGCCCUCAGAUCCCUCCUAUGAGGACAUGUUAGAGGUGGUGUGUGUCAAAGGACUGAGGCCCACAGUGUCCAACCGCUGGAACAGUGACGAGUGCCUCCGAGCCAUGCUGAAGCUGAUGUCCGAAUGCUGGGCCCAUAAUCCCGCGUCCCGCCUCACCAUCCUCCGAGUGAAGAAGACUCUGGGGAAGAUGGUGGAGUCCCAGGACAUCAAGAUUUGACCCGUGCCCCCCUCCUCCUCUGCCCCCUCUGCACCGCUGGACUGGAGCGCCCCAGCUUUGGAGCACAACCAGAGACUGGGAGAACACUAAGGCACCAUGUAGGACUGAAGUGUGCCUCAUGUUCUUCCUCUGGACCCCAGGGGGCGCUCCCUGCUAUGACGCUUUCUGUGAAAGCCUCCAGACAUGUGGAUCUGACUGUGUGCGGCUGAGGAGGGAGGAGCGCAGAUGUGUUCAGUCAACUGUGUUUUUAGGGACCUCGUCUUCCUGGACUUUUGCCUGUUUAAAAAAAUGCCAAUUUAUUUAGUUUUGUGGAUGACUCUUCAGGACUGUGCUCUCCUGCCAUUAUGAACCGUAUCUCGCUCUUAAAGUAGAGUUAAGUAUAAGAAUAAGGUACUAUUAAGAUAUGUGAAUUCUAUUGUGUAAAUAAAUGUUAGAUGCUGUGCCUAUCAUAAGGAGAUUUUGGAAAGACUUUGCUGCAGUGGUGUUGACGUCCGAUGACUCCUGAGAGAUAUGUACACAAAAGGGGUUACCACGGAAACGUCUCCCGUCCCGUCUGUCUGUCCACAGCAUUUGUCCUGUUUGUGUGUGAGAGAGGGAGAGAGAGAGAGAGAGAGAGAGCUGGAGAGUGGACCGCAGCUUUAAGUAUUCACAUCAAAAUAAAUAUAUUGUAUUUAAAAAAUAGGUUGGGAAGUUGCAGGAUUGCUAAUAAUCUUGUUGGAGUACAAAGAUUUAGUCUGGUUUCAAUCAGGUUGAUUAUAAAGCUACCAUCUGUAAUUAGAUUUGCUUACUGGUGUAUUCUCACAUAUCACCACUAGAGUCUAUCGACAUUACUGCAGUCUGCCAUCACAUCUGCCAUCUAAUGAAGAAAAGGUUUGGGAGCAAAAUUGCAUCUUUGUGCAUUUAUAUGGAUGAUUAUCCAAAUGAGCAAUAACUCCUUUAAUCUCAUUUUCAUGGUUGUGUAUAAUUUAAUAUAAAAAGUGUGAAUUGUAACAAUCCCACCCCAUGACAAACGUGAUAAGAACAAAAAUACAAAUCAGUUACUGUCCUAUAGAAAUGCAUUUAUCAUGUUUGCCAGUACUAUAGCCUUCUAGCUGCUGUCCUCUCUCUGAGCUUGUGUGUGUGGGCGUGUCUUGCUGACAGCUGUAUUAUCAUAUGUAUUGAAUAUGCAGGACCCCAAGUAUAGAAUAAUCUCUAAUAUGUACAUGAUUUUUGGUGGUGUUUUGUACAGCAUCUGGUUUGGUGCCUUAUGAGUUUACCAAGGAAAACUGUAUUCAGUCUGUCCAUUGUAAUGAUUUUUAAGUAAAAACCUUAUUUUAGUACACAA